GGAAAGACUUCUCAUUGCAUUGCUGUAGGUACGUACUAGGUAAGGCUUUACAACUAGCUGCAGAGCUCUAGCUUAGCAGAAAAUUGUAUAUAGAUCUAGCUAUACAAUUACAAAUGCAGUAGAGUAAGUAACCUAUCUUCGCCAGACACCUAUAAUCGGCGGCUAUUGCACGAAGCACAAGACAAUUUUGCACAAAACUAACUACAUGGAUCUACAGAUGGGUAAGAAAGUAACAGCUCCCCAAAAUUUGGAAAGAAUAACUUGCUUGCGGACGUAUGGCAAGCCAUCAGUAACAUUAUUACAUGACGACCUGAACUACUGACAUGACGUCAUAAGAAACUUCACGAUGCCAUAAUAUGGCAAGCCAUCAGUAACAUUAUUACAUGACGACCUGAACUACUGACAUGACGUCAUAAGAAACUUCACGACGUCGUAUAUAACACAAGACGGCUUGGACAAAAUAAUGUUGGUGCAUACAUGUUAUACCUUAUUACGUAAUAUUUACUACAAUUCAAACCAUAAUUUGCUGCUGUUAAGUUGUACUUUUGGACUCUAGUAUUAGCCUCACUAUUGUUUAACAUUUCCUCUCUUUGUUCAUGUGAGCCCCACCCAGGGCCUCCAUCACUGUACUUUGUGCUCCUGCAGCCAUUUUGUACUCACUUUGCUCUCUAUCUAAGAAUUGUUGGCACAGCAAUAGUGAAGUCAAUUUGCAUGAAUGCUUGCUAUAGUUUAGCUACAGUAUUUCAAUUGCAUAUAGCGGAAUAGAACCUGUUUCUAUUUAGAUCUAGCCUGUCUAGUGUCACUUAUCUAACUAUUUGUCUAUACCGAGAAAGGGCUCAAACAUUUAUUGGUCCUUCGAACCGGAUCCUCAACGGAUCGCAUUGCAAACAAGUUCUUUCUCGUCCUCGCAAUCGUUGCUACAGUCUGCACAACGGUGCACGAUUCACUUGUCUCUCGGCACAAAGGUGCACAAUUGUUUGUUUAUCGCUCGCACAAAGGUGCAUUCGCUUGUCUAUCGCUCGCACAAGGGUGCAUUCGCUUGCACACACGGGUGCAUUGCACAAGGGUGCUCCAUUGUAAAUCGUUAACUUCUGUCGCACAAGGGUGCAAAACGUUGUUUUCGCUCAGCCCAAGGUGUGCUGCAUUGUUUUUGUUUGGUUUUCAUUCUGCACAUAGGUGCAACUCGACGGAGCAACACUGAACUCAUACUUUGAUCAAUAAUUUAUCUCAAACUCAAUUCACAGCAGUGUUAUGGCUGACUUAGCGACUCUCAAGAGACGAAGAGGUACUGUAAAGGCUAGCCUUACUAGGCUCACCACGAAACUAGCUGAACUGGAAGACUCGGAUCGGGACGCAUCCUUCUCAACCUAUGCCCAACAGUACGUUAAGAAGCUUGAAACACUUGAUGCUAGCUUCAAAACUCAUCACCUCGCUAUUAUGGACAUUGAAAAGGAAGAGCAACUUGGCGCAGAGCAAGAAGCUCUUGAUCAACACGACGAAGAUAUCAUGACCCUAUCUGUGAGAUUGCAAGUGUUAUUGUCCUCUACUGCUACUUUGACUGUGACACCUCCUGAGACUCGCUACCUCCCAGACCGUGCCGUUCUUGAGCGUCGCUCAACACAACUGCAAGCAAGGCUCCUAGCCAUCAGUGAAGACGUCUCUAGACUCUCGGGUGAUCCCAGCGAACUCCAUCUAGUUUUUCUUCAUCAAGAACAACUAUCCGACCUCAAGAAGGAACUGUCAGACCUCAGAAACGAAGUACUGGUAAUCACCACAGACACCUCAGAUGUACUCUGGGUGGAUACACAACGACAAGACAGAAGUAUAUUUGAUGCAUCUGUGAAAGUUAAGAAGCUGCUACACAGCCCACCCUCUGAUCCAACUGAAACUCUCACACCAGAACCUCGUGGUGUCAAGCUACCUAAGAUUGAUGUACCCACAUUCGACGGCGAUAUGUUACACUGGAAAACAUUUUGGGAACAAUUUGACAUAGCGAUCGACGGCCGUUCAGACAUUUCCAACACGGAAAAACUGGUGUACUUACGUCACUCCCUCAAAGAUUGUACAGCUAAAUCUGUAAUAGAAGGAUUGUCUCACACUGGUGAUCAGUAUGCUGAAGCUACUGCCUCCCUGAAGUCUCGCUAUGACCGUCCUCGCAUCAUCCACCAAGCCCAUGUCAGAAAAAUCUAUGAAGUGGCUAAUCUGAAGGAAGGCUCAGGAAAGGAACUAAGACAGCUGCAUGACACUGUACAGCAGCAUUUACGAGCUUUGAAAGCGAUGGGUCAUGAACCCUCUGGUCCCUUUAUCACCUCACUACUUGAGCUGAAGCUGGACAAAGAGACCAUGUUCGAAUGGCAAAGGGCCAGUCAAGAUUCCUCUGACAUACCCCACUACAGCAAGAUCCUCAAUUUCCUCGACCUGCGUGCUCAAGCCUCAGAAACAUGCUCAACUGAUGCCAAAAAACAUCCUCGUUUUGACCAGAAGAAGUUCAACGCAAGGACAGUAACCUCCCAUACUUCGAGUGCUACAGACGCAACUCCGAAAUGUCCCCACUGCAAAACCCAAAGGCAUCCUGUAUAUGUCUGUCCUCAAUUCAAGUCGCUUCCUCACGACAAGAUGCUGGCUGUGGUCCACACAAACAGUCUGUGUCUCAACUGUCUUCGACCAGGUCACAUUGUAAGAAAUUGUGUCAGCAACAACCGUUGUAGAAAGUGCCAGAAAUCUCACCACACUCUACUUCACAACGAAGCGAAGACUCCACCUGAUGGGGAAACUUCUGCAUUCGCCGUAGCUCCUAUGGUUUCAAGCAAUGCCCAGCCUGGCUCCUCAGGGAAAGCCCUUCUGAUGACUUGCCAAGUACUACUUCACUCCCCCGAUGGCUCGCAAGUCCGUGCCCGUGGUCUGAUUGACUCUGGCUCCUCAACUUCAUUUAUCUCUGAGCGCUUGGCACAAUCUCUCUGUCUCCCUCGAUCGACUCAGAAUAUCAGAAUCUCAGGGAUCGCUGGCAUAUCCCAUGGCUCUCCCUUACACUCAAUUGCAAGUUUCAAAAUCUCUCCUGUCCUCUCACCUAAAGAGCAGCUACAAGUCUCAGCAAUCGUUGUGCCACGUGUAACUUGCGAUUUACCUAUUCAACCUAUCCAUUUCGACUCAAAAUGGAAGCACCUCUCUAACCUCCAACUCGCAGAUCCUGACUUUGGACAACCCAACAAGAUCGAUAUACUUUUGGGAGUAGAUGUCUACGCCGAUGUAGUACUACAAGGCCGGCGGAGUGGACCUGUUGGGACUCCUGUGGCAUUCGAGACAAAGUUUGGGUGGGUUCUCGCUGGAAGAGUAAACAAGCUCACGAUCCCAUCUGAAAUUACAUCUCAUCAUGUGAUAGCUAUUUCAGGAGAUGAUAUCCUACGCAAAUUCUGGGAAUUAGAAGAAGGUCCUAGGGAUUGCUCCAACUUCUCUCCAGAAGAACGUUUUGUCGUUCAGCACUAUGCGAACACUCACACCAAAACAAACACUGGUCGGUUUGUAGUUCCCUUGCCAAAGAAUCCUCAAGCGAAGCCACUUGGCGAGUCCAGGUCUUCAGCCAUCCGUAGAUUUCUCUCAUUGGAGCGUUCACUGCACGCAAGAAAUCAGUUUCAAGAGUUUGCCUCAGUAAUGCAGGAAUAUGUGGAUAUGAACCAUGCUGAGCUGGUCCCAGAAACAAACUUAAAGAAACCUAGUGAGAAGGUAUUUUACUUGCCCAUGCAUGCCGUUCGCAAGGAAGACAGUACUACUACCAAGCUCCGAGUUGUAUUUGAUGCUUCUGCGAAGUCAAGCACUGGCGUCUCACUCAACGACACUCUACUAGUUGGACCGACCGUCCAUCCUCCUCUCAUUGAUGUGCUACUCCGUUUCCGGACUCACCGUGUUGCCUUGACCACGGAUGUUAGUAAAAUGUAUCGGGCCAUUGAUCUAACCAUGGAUGACAGAGAUAUGCACAGAUUUGUAUGGAGAAACGAUCCAAACGACCCCCUUUGUGACUACAGGAUGACUCGAGUCACAUUUGGUGUUUCAGCCUCCUCUUUUGCAGCCAACAUGUCGGUAAAACAAAAUGCCAUUGACCACGCGACAAACUACCCACUGGCCGCAAAUGCUGUAAACUACUCAUUCUACGUCGACGAUGGGUUGACUGGAGCAGACUCCGUCUCUGAAGCUAUAGAGUUACAGCGGCAACUUCAAGACCUUUUUUCCCUGGGAGGGUUCCUCCUUCGGAAGUGGACUUCCAGUGAACCAUGCGUCAUCAAAGACUUGCCCGCUGAAUUAAAAAAUUCCAAAUCGACACAGACUAUGCCUUCAUCUGAAGAAUAUACCAAAACUCUUGGAAUCCAGUGGAACGCUCACAAAGAUCACUUCAAGUUGGCUAUUGCUAGUCCACCCCCACUUGAAAGCAUAACCAAACGUGGACUACUCUCUGACGUCGCUAAGACAUUUGAUGUCCUAGGAUGGUUCUCACCGUCGACUAUCAAAGUCAAAAUCCUAAUGCAACUACUAUGGGAGUGUAAGAUUGACUGGGAUGAUCCUGUCCCUUCUGACAUCCAAGAUGCGUGGAUCCAAUGGAGAAAAGAAUUACCACUCCUGUCUCAAAAACACGUUCCUCGUUGCUACUUUGACAAGAAAUCUCAACCUCACUGUCUACAGCUACACGGUUUCUCAGAUGCUUCGGAAGUCGCAUAUGCAGCGGUUGUAUACCUACGCAUUACGGACAAGUCUGAGAAUGCUCAAAUCUCUUUGGUAAUGUCAAAGACAAAGGUUGCUCCAAUCAAGCGGUUGACAAUCCCUCGUCUGGAACUAUGCGGAGCACAGUUGCUCGCCCAGCUGAUACACCACGUCAGACAAGUGCUCGAAAUUCCCCUUUCUCAUGUUUUUGCUUGGACAGACAGCACUAUUGUCCUCAACUGGCUAGAUGGAUCCCCCAAAAGAUUCAAGACCUAUGUAGGCAACCGUGUCUCGACCAUAGUUGAUCUCAUUCCACCUGACAAGUGGAGACACGUAGCUGGAACAGAGAACCCUGCUGAUUGCGCUUCAAGAGGUCUCUACCCCUCUGAGCUUCUGAAUCACUCUUUAUGGUGGGACGGUCCGAUCUGGCUCAAGGAAUCUUCUAGCAGUUGGCCUGAGAAGUUCCCUCUACCUUCAAACAAGAAAGAAAUUGAAGAGAGUGAAGUGGCGCUAUCUGCACUCACCCUAAUUCCUACCCCAAUCAUACCCGUUGACAGAUUCUCUGGAUAUAGCCACUUGAAACGCAUUACUGCAUGGAUGAUUCGUUUCGUAACAAAUUUUCAAACAAAAAAUCAUGCUGAACGAAGCAAGGGAAAUCUCUCAAUUAGUGAACUGCAAGCAGCUGAGAAUUACUGGGUCAAGCUCAUUCAGACUACUCACUUUGGAGCUGAUAUUGUAUCUCUUAAAAGAAAACAUGCUCUCUCUGCCUCCAGUCCACUCUUGCCUCUACAACCAUUCAUUGAUUCUUCAAACAUCCUUCGCGUUGGCGGUAGGAGGCAGCUAUCACAGACGUCCUACCAGUCUCAGCACCAAACCAUACUGCAUGGGAAGCAUCUCCUUACUCAUAUGAUUAUACGCGAUGAGCAUCUACGCCUGUUACAUGCUGGUCCAACACUUCUCGAAGCUUCUCUAUCUCGGCGCUACCAUAUAGUUGGUGGACGAAAGUUGAUUCGAUCCAUUGCUCGAAAAUGUCUUACCUGCCGUAGAUAUACAGCAAGACCCAAGCCACAAAUGCUUGGACAACUCCCUGUUGAGAGAAUCACGCCAGGUUCAGUGUUUGACAACGUUGGUGUAGACUACGCUGGUCCAGUCUUAAUCAAGUACGGCUACGUACGCAAACCGAAGUUAGUGAAGGCUUACAUAUGCGUGUUUGUCUCCCUCUCCGUGAAGGCAGUCCACCUGGAGUUGGUGACUGACCUAACAUCUGAGGCAUUCAUUGCUUGUUUCAAACGCUUCAUUGCUCGGCGUGGCCUCCCCUCACUUGUAUGGAGCGACAAUGGCACAAACUUUACCGGAGCUGCCAGAGAGAUCAAGGAACUCUACCAAUUCCUCCAGACCCAAUCCACUCAAGACGAAGUCAAUCACUACCUUUCUGACAAAGGAGUGACAUGGAAAUUCAUCCCCCAACGUGCACCUCACUUCGGUGGAAUCUGGGAAGCCGCCGUCAAAUCAACAAAGACCCACUUAAGACGAGUUUUGGGUGAAGUGAAACUAACUUAUGAAGAGCUGUCUACUCUGUUAGCCCAGAUUGAGUCCUGUCUCAACAGCCGACCUCUUGCUUCCCUCGUGAAUGACGAUGAUGGUAUAGAAGCACUCACUCCUGGUCACUUCAUUAUCGGCAAACCUCUCACUGCUCUGCCAGAAACGACCCCCUCAAGCCGAUCAAUUUCUCUCCUAAAGCGUUGGCAACUUUGCAAAUCAUUGUUACGGCAUUUUUGGAACCGAUGGUCCUCAGAGUAUGUUACUCAAAUUGGACGAUUUACGAAAUGGCGUCACCCCACCAGAAACAUAGAAACUGGCGAUUUGGUUCUCAUCCAUGAGAAUUCACCCAUACCCACUAAAUGGCCACUAGCCAGAGUCGUCAAAGUACACCCUGGAAAAGAUAAUUUGGUACGCGUAGCCACUGUUAGAACUGCUACCGGAACAUAUACUCGCCCUGUGACGAAGCUAGCAUUGCUUCUACCGAACGAUGAACAAUGACUGAUGCACACCAUUUAAUUUGUAAGACCACUUGGUCUUGGCCGGCGGUAUGUUGGUGCAUACAUGUUAUACCUUAUUACGUAAUAUUUACUACAAUUCAAACCAUAAUUUGCUGCUGUUAAGUUGUACUUUUGGACUCUAGUAUUAGCCUCACUAUUGUUUAACAUUUCCUCUCUUUGUUCAUGUGAGCCCCACCCAGGGCCUCCAUCACUGUACUUUGUGCUCCUGCAGCCAUUUUGUACUCACUUUGCUCUCUAUCUAAGAAUUGUUGGCACAGCAAUAGUGAAGUCAAUUUGCAUGAAUGCUUGCUAUAGUUUAGCUACAGUAUUUCAAUUGCAUAUAGCGGAAUAGAACCUGUUUCUAUUUAGAUCUAGCCUGUCUAGUGUCACUUAUCUAACUAUUUGUCUAUACCGAGAAAGGGCUCAAACAA